AAUGAUUUGCUCAAACACCAACUAAAGAAAUACGUAGGUGCUGUUCAAUCGUUGAAAAGAAAUGACAUUAUGGAAGAAGUUCCAGAAAAUGGAAGACUUUCUUCUAUCAUUCUUUCUUCGGAAUCUGACGUCGACGAAGUGAGAAAGGAAGAAAACAAAGAUUUUGAGCGGAAGUUGAUCCAAGUCGCUGAUAUGCAUGGCGAACUUAUUGAACUCAAUGAAAGACUACAAAAAAUGUUGAAUGCUCGUGAAUGUCAGCUAAGAAAAUUGAAAGAAGAGCUUGUCAAUCUUAGAGGACCGCUUCCUCAGGACAAUAAUCAUGAUGAAUGUUUAUAUUUGACGGAGUUUGGUCCAAAUUUCAUGUCUGUCAAUACUCGUCCUUUAAUUAACAUUUGGAUUCCAUCUGUUUUUGUACAAGGAAAGUCUCCAAACAUUCACCAUUCUUAUCAGGUUUAUAUCCGUAUCAAAGACGAUGAAUGGAAUGUUUACAAAAGAUACUCGGAUUUUUAUGCCCUACAUAAGAAGACAAGCAAGCAGUUUAAACCUGUUGCACAAUUCACGUUUCCCGCGAAGAAAAUUAUUGGAAAUCGUGACGUCAAUUUUGUGGAAACACGUCGAAAACAAUUGGAAAAUUACUUGAGAAAAUUGAUCAAUUAUAGUCUGGGUGCUGUUCCAGAGUUAGGUGAAAAUCCUUGCAAGAGUUCUUUGUUCAAAUACUUUCCAUUUUUCAUGCAAACUUCAACGGUAUCAUCUGUUUCAACGACGACAACGACAAAACAAACUGUUCCUUCUACACAUAAUGGUUAAAAGGUAAAACUUGUAGGAUGUCUGUCGAAAAAAAACAGAGCAUAGAAAUUGUAUAAGUUAUAUUGUAUAUAUAUAACAUACGUAUAGUUCAGUAUAUAUAAAUAUAAUAUGUCUACAAAGUAGAAGAAUUUCCUGAUGCAUCAA